AAAAAUUAAGAUGGCGGCUAUUGUUAUUUGUUUUUAUUAUUUUGAUUCGACUUUUCAAGUUUUCAAAGAUGUUAAAUUUUUUAAGACUUUUGAAAGUUCGUUGUUUUAAGUUUAAACAAAAUUGUUGAUGUAGUAAACAAAUGCUAUUAUGUGUAAUUUUAAUGUCUUAAUAAAUUUGGAAACAAUGUGGAUUUUUAAUGGUGAUGAUUCAAAAUCUCUGUCCGGGAAUCAUUUUUGGGUCAGUGGUGGUUGUAUGAUGUGUAAUAUAUGGUGCCCUAUUUAAUGGAGGUUUUUUAAAUAUAAAUUGUCCAUAAGAAGUGAGAGCUUAGCAACGGUAUGAAACCGAAAGUGAGGUUAAGGUUAUGUCAUAUGUUUUUAGUUAGUUUGAACUUCAGUGUGCUCGUAAUGAGCUCAACGGACAAUGACUCCGAUUUUUACAAGGUUUCUGGUGAAGAGAAAUGUCUUCACACGCCAUGCAAUCAUUCUGUUCCAUUGCAAAUGGUGAAUGUGAAGUUUUCAUCUCAUGAAGUAAAAAAUGAGUACAUCGUGGCUUUCAAAGACUACUACAAAGCAAGGACACGAGAAAAGUUCAUCACGGCGGCACUGAAUGGCUCUGGUGUGGAAAACUGGAGAAUUCUGCCUCGCAACAACCCGGCCAGUGACUACCCAAGUGACUUUGAUGUGGUUUUGCUGGAGGAGACGGCUCGCAUGAAUGGCCUGAAGGCGCUGAGCGACCACCCGUCGGUGCGACGCGUCACCCCACAGCGCCUGGUGCAGCGCUCGCUCAAGUACUCCAACCUGACGGAGUGCGCCACUCGCAACUGUUCGUACCCCGCCUGGCCCCUCCGGCGCUCCAGCCUGGCCAUCAACCAGCAGUUCUGGCAGGCGACGGGACGCCACACCAGCCGGCGCCUGCUGCGAGCCAUACCGCGCCAGAUCACGUCCAUCCUGCAGGCGGACUCCUUGUGGAGCAUGGGCAUUACAGGCCGGGGCGUGAAGGUGGCCGUGUUCGACACGGGCCUGGCCAAGACUCACCCCCACUUCAAGAGGAUCAAGGAGCGCACCAACUGGACCACGGAGAAGACCCUGGACGACGGGCUGGGGCACGGCACCUUCGUGGCGGGGGUGAUCGCGUCCAGCCAGGACUGCCUGGGCUUCGCGCCCGACGCGGAGCUGCACAUCUUCCGCGUCUUCACCAACAAUCAGGUGUCGUACACCUCCUGGUUCCUAGACGCCUUCAACUACGCCAUCCUCAAGAAGAUCGGGGUGCUGAACCUGAGCAUCGGGGGCCCUGACUUCAUGGACCACCCGUUUGUGGACAAGGUGUGGGAGCUGACCGCCAACCGCGUCAUCAUGGUGUCCGCCAUCGGCAAUGAUGGGCCCCUCUACGGCACGCUGAACAACCCCGCCGACCAGAUGGACGUGAUCGGAGUGGGGGGCAUCAACUUCGAGGACCAGAUCGCCAAGUUCUCGUCCCGUGGCAUGACCACGUGGGAGCUGCCGCAGGGGUACGGCCGGGUGAAGCCCGACAUAGUGACGUACGGCUCGGCGGUGCGUGGCUCCAGCAUCAAGGGCAGCUGCCGCACGCUGUCCGGCACCAGUGUCGCCUCCCCUGUCGUGGCAGGCGCCGUCACUCUCCUCGCCAGCGGGGUGCUGCACCGGGGCAACGCCAUCAACCCGGCCAGCAUGAAGCAGGCGCUGAUGGCGUCGGCGCGCCGCCUGCCGGGCGUCAACAUGUUCGAGCAGGGUCACGGCAAGCUGGACCUCUUGCGUGCCUUCCACAUCCUCAACAGCUACAAGCCGCAGGCCAGCCUGAGCCCCAGCUACAUCGACCUGAGCGAAUGCCAGUACAUGUGGCCCUACUGCACCCAGCCGCUGUACCACGGGGCCAUGCCCACCAUCGUGAACGUGACCAUCCUGAACGGCCUGGGGGUGUCGGGACGCGUGGUGGGGCGGCCCCGCUGGCACCCUUACACCCCGCAGUUCGGCCACUACCUGGACGUGUCGCUGUCCCACUCGGACCUGCUGUGGCCCUGGUCGGGCUGGCUGGCCGUCAGCGUGGCGGCCGGUCGCCAGGCCGCCGCCUGGGAGGGCACUGCUCAGGGACACGUGGAGCUGACCGUGGAGUCCCCGCCCGAGGACGGCGAGCAGCUCCCGCGGCGCUCCACCGUGCGUCUGGCCGUGCGCGCCAGGAUCGUGCCCACGCCGCCCCGACACAAGCGCAUUCUGUGGGACCAGUACCACAACCUGCGCUACCCGCCUGGCUACUUCCCGCGGGACAACCUGCGCAUGAAGAAUGAUCCACUCGACUGGAAUGGCGACCACAUACACACCAACUUCAAGGACAUGUACCAGCACCUGCGCAACAGCGGCUACUACGUGGAGGUGCUGGGGGCGCCCUUCACGUGCUUCGACGCCGCCCAGUACGGCACGCUGCUGCUGGUGGACGCCGAGGAGGAGUACUUCCCGGACGAGGUGGCCAAGCUCAAGCGGGAUGUGGACAACGGCCUGUCCCUCGUGGUCUUCGCCGACUGGUACAACGUCUCCGUCAUGCGCAAGGUCAAGUUCUACGACGAGAACACCAGGCAGUGGUGGAUGCCGGACACAGGCGGAACCAACAUCCCCGCCUUGAACGACCUGCUGUCCUCGUGGGGCAUCGCCCUGGGCGACCGUGUGUUCGAGGGGGACUUCACCUUCGGGGAGCACGACAUGUAUUACGGCUCGGGCACCUCCAUCGCCAGGUUCCCCAGCGAAGGCAUCGUCGUGUUCCAGCAGCUCAAGGACCAAGGGGAGGAGAUCCUGGGCUCGGAGACGAAGGUGACGGAGAGCGUGCCAGUCCUGGGACUACUGCAGAGCACGGCGACAGACAGAAGUGGCCGCGUCACAGUCUACGGAGACUCCAACUGUCUCGACAAUAGCCACUUACAGAGAGACUGCUUCUGGAUGCUGGACGCUUUGCUGGAGUACACGUCGGCCAGCCACUUGCCGUCCAUCUUCAAGGACCACCGGUCGCAGUUCUCGAGCCGCGAGGUGGACCUGCCCCAGCGCAUGGAGGGCAGCCACCUGUACAGGCACGAAGUAGCAGUAGCCGUACACCUCCUGGCGAGCCCGCAUGCAUCCACCUGUACCUCUGUACUCCAAGGUGCUGGCGGACCACAUGGAGGGCCGCCAGACGCGGCCGCUGCCCCCGUGCCCGCGCCUCGUCUGGGCCCAGCCUGUCCCCCUCAACAAGUCCGCCCCAACGUACGAACCUGUACAAGUCGCAGAAGCUGCUGUCCCUGUCGCUGGACGGGCAGCUGCCGGUGUGGCGGGUGGGGCCUCCCCCCCGGGGCAGCGCGGCGGGACAGCCGGACGGGGCGCCCGCGGACCUGCUUGAGGAGGACGACGGGCUGGGGGCCGUGUCUGCCGCCAGCCUGCUCUUCCUGGCCUGCCUCGCCGUGGUGGCCGUCCUGGUGUGCCGCUUCCACCGCCAGAGGGCCCGUGUGCGCCGCAAGCGAGCCCCCCGCCCGCGUCGCUUCGUGACGGCGCUGCGAGUCCCUGCCGUCUGACGCCCCGCUCACCGCCAUUCAUCAACCACAGACCCUUUUAUAAGAUAGCAUGGCACUGUGUUAGUGGUUCAUUUUUAACAUGAUUUUUAGCCAAAUGAAAGUGGAAACAAGUGUUUUCAGCAUCGUAUUAAAUUUUGAAAACAUUUAGACAGGCUUUAGCUACCUGGCAGAAUUGCAGCGACCCUUUGUUUGUUUAUCACUUUACCUGCGCAUGGAGCAGAUGUUAUGUUGGAAGCUGACAAUAUACUCAACCUUUUAAUCUUUGUGCAAGCCAAUACACCACAUUGCACUACAUUUGCAUUCCAUGUUGAUAGGUAGCCAGGUUCUUCUACCUUUCUUUCAGCCAUUCUUGCAGUAUUUUAUACUUAACUUCUGAGCCCGAAAAAAGAUAAAAUCUUAAACUAUGUCUUUGUGCUGAAGUUUCACCCUCACACAGGCAGGAUGUGUAUCAGUGAGGGUUCAGAUUGCUGAAUGACCCACCUUUUUCCUCUGGUGUAAUGAGUGUCACUGGCGUCGAAGUGAAUUGGUGCCACCCAUUUAUGAGCUGUUCCGAUGGGUGAUGGGAUAUCCACUAGCUCUGGCUUACUGAAGGUUCCAGGGUAUCCCAUUUAGAUAGCUGUCAGGACGAUGUCUCAGUACAGCUGAGGAUUGUUCUCUGAUUUUUUUUUCCCCUGGCAGCAAGUGUGGGAGUGGUAAGGGGAUAUAAGUGUUGUGGAGAAUGGUGAGAACGAGCUACGGCUAGCCACGCUCCGUCUCUGCUUGGCUGCAGCGCGGUCUCGGGCCUUCAUGCUUCGUGUAGACCCGCGUGACUUCGUCUACGGGUGUGAGCUCAGAAAUGUUUGAGUUUGGGUGGCACUGGAAACUUCCUGGGGGUUGGUGUGGGUUUUUUGUUUUACUCCCGCCUUGGUACGAUUAUGGCUUGUGUGGGUAUUUACUCAUUCUCCGACCUGGAGGCCCCCUCGGAUGACUCCAGGGACAAUUACAGGUGUCACUUGAAUUAUUAUCCAAAUACAAACAGGUGGGGCUACAAUCUCCCCUUACACUCUUGCAUGGAACCAACCUAUUUCCACUGCUGGUACGGCCUAUAGUUAGACACAUCCUAGAUACAGUUACCGUCUCACACAACUCUGCUCAUCAAGUACCACGGGUAGUGACCGGAUGCCUGAAUCAUGACUGUUCGGGCUACAAUCUGAACGUCCUCCGCGGCCUGUGACUGGGGGGAGAUCAGUGCAGCGAGCGAACUCGGCUGCUGGUGGGGUUUAGCCCAGCACUGCCGUCCUUUUAUACCCGGCCCGAGUGCUCGGGAAAGGAAGGGGGAUGAAGGAUUCCUGGAACUGGGGGGGGGGGGGGGGGGGCAGAAUAGUGCCGUCCCUGGCAGCACGGUAUGACUGUUGAUUGCAACUAUUACACUCGUCUUCCUCGGCCCACACUCGUGUUUAGGGGGGAGGGGCUGAUGGCUUAUUGAUAAGAUAGACGUCAAGAUGACGUUAUCACCAGGGCUGUAACAGGCUGGGAACCACAUAGUACCGACUUGGUGCUGAUAAGUUACAAGACGUGCCUGUUGCCUUCUGUUGUGAACGAUACGUGUGGAUGGUGGCACGUGGGGUCAGGUCCAGGAGACACGAGAGACAGGAGGGGAUAGGGUGCGUGGUCUGAGGUUCGUACCUCUUCGGCCACGUACCCACACAGUGUUUAUUCGAUCAGGCGGAGGGGAAUCUGUGGUUCAUCACCGAGUAUUAGCGGCCAUGUGAGACAUGCAGUUAACAACUGUCUGCCACAUGUCACGUCACCGGUUAAAGUGGUUCUGCAUAACUAGUUUUUAUAUUUGUUUUUAUAUUUAAGGCUGUUAUUAAACUCAUUAAUGAAUAAAUAUACUUCAGUAUUACUCACAAUUAAUUAACAUUAACUGAAAAAAUAUUUGAUUACUCAGUUAUUUGAAAUUAAAGAAAUUUAUGCAACCUAAGAAUGUGUAUGGUUGAUUAACAAGACUAUUUGGAUUGGGUUUGGUUAAUUGUGGUCAUGAAUUUGAACAUUUUUAUGUAUGUGACUGCACUGUUAUUGUUUGAUCUGUCCUGAUUUUUGUUCCAAAUCAAGUUUAAGUUUGAUACUGAAAGUUAAAUUAUUAUUUUAAGUAUUUUACAGUCUAUUAGCUAUCACUGACUGACUAUAAAAUCUAAAAGUUGCUAUUUUAUGGACCCAGCAGUGUGAUCUGUUAACUGUGUAAAGCAUUCCAUAAAUACUAUCAUGAUUCUCCAUUGGAAACAAAAGGUCAUCCAUCCAUGUUUCAGUGUGUUUCUCCAUUUGUUUGUGAUUAAUUUUUUUACAUGUUUUCAUUUCUUUUCCCUUUAAUGCAAAAUCAUCUUUUAUCAUCAGUAUUCAAUAGUAUAUUACAUGCAUGUACAAUUGACAGAAUAUGUAUAAUUAUGAUUGUAUGUAAUUUUAAUGCUUUUGGAAGUUACAGAAAAUCGUGCUUCUUAAGAAAGUUUUUUAAUGAUCUCGAGAUGUUAAAUUCAUUAAGUUGGUGUUUUAUUAACUUUUUUUUACAGUAAUAUAUUUUUUCCAACUCGAUCUGCUUUCCAGUGUUAUGUUAAUUGUUUAUUUGUUAACUCGCAGCGAGAUUGCCCUUACUGACUUGUUCAGUACCAGUCUUUAAGCAUUGGGCCAGUGGUGUUUGUUUACGGAUUUGGUUUUUCUGGCUUGAGAUUAGACAUGGUAUUAUAUUGUUAAAAAAUCUUUCGUAACUACUACAUAGGGCUGUUUCUGUUAAAAAGUAGUUUUCAAGUAUGAAUGAUAGGAAGUCCAUUAUUCUAGGGAGCUAAGGUUUUUGCAAGGAUGUAGAGUUUAGAAAUGUACACGGAAGACAGAUCUGCAAAAACAUAAAGAGGAUCUUAUGUGAAUGUAGCAACAGGACCAAGAUUAAUAGCUGAUUAGGGAACUGGUUAUUUUUUCUUGCCCUUCACAUUAAUAGCAUGUAAUGACCAUUCUGUUUUUUCUGUGUUCCAUUUUUAAAAUAUAUGUUACAGGUCACUAUAAAGUAAUCAUUUAACACGGUGUCCACAUUCUGGAAAGUCUGGGAAGUUUGGAUUGUUCAGGAGAGGUCAGGUAAUUACAUCUCCCUCCCGUGGUUUACAUUCUUCAAGGCUAAAGCUCAUCCCUUCCAGAGACACAAAUAAUCUUGUCUUCCCCCUCGUAACAUUCCCUGCGCAAGUACAUCCUUCUGCACGAGAAUACUCUCAACAUCCUCUCUCUCUCUCUCUCUCUCCCUCUCUCUCCCUCUCUCUCCCCCUCCCCCCCCCCCCCAACACCCCUGAAUCCCAGCAACGUAAGUCAAAACACCACACAGUGUUGUAUAGUCUAUUUUCGGUAAAAUGAAAUUUUUUAAGGCCCACGCGGUUGUCAUUUAUCAUGAAUAAAUACUGUGUAAUUUAUUAUGGCAUCAGACAUUAAUUUUUAAAAACAAAUGUGGACCAGGUACACUUUGUCUAUUAGUCAAACAGCAAUAUUUCUGCUGGAAAAUCACAAACUUCAAAAUUUUUUGAAUGUAAAUCUUAGCAGGUCCGGAAAAAAAAUUUAUUUUACCGCAAAUGAACUAUUUCCAACAUUUCCGGCGUGUGACGCGUGGCAACUGUAAUCGUAUGCAGCCUGGGAGAAGAAAGAAAAGCAAUUGAGCAGUGACUUCUUCCCCCUAUGGCUAUAGCCUGCCACCCAUAGUUAUUUAAAACCCAUGUCGCAUUCCUCACAUCCGCUAGGGAUGUUCGCCAAUAAACAGCGCUCGAAAAUGGUAUGCGUGAUGCGGUUUGUAGGCCCAGAGUGUAGUUUCUUAACCAAGUUGUGAACAGUGCUCAAAAACAAAAUAAGUGAUACAGUUUGUAGGCGGAACAAGCAGUUUUUCAACCAAGCUCUUCUCAACUUUUUCGACGAUACAAAUAACUCCCAAUAGCUUUCAGAAAUUCACUGAUUUUUCGCACUAAAAUGUACAGUAUGUUUUGAUGAAUCACAGCGCAAUAACUUUCUUAAACACAAAUGCCAAUGAUAACUUUUAUGGAACAGUACAGUAGGUAUACACUAAACUAGGUAUGUCGAUUCUGGUAAUCAAUGUGUCAUGUCUAUGGGCAGAAUUAUUAAAACGGGAAGGGGGUGGAGAGAAAAGUAUCAGUGGUGACAAGAUAAACAGGGAAAGGAGGCUGAUACAUGCUUCACUUGUCUAUUUUAUGUGAGUUGUGUCUAAAAAUUUUUAGGCCUAUAAAAACACAUAUCAGUUAUUAGUUUGUACAUUCCACAUGCUGCUCAACUGGAAGAAGUGACUGUUCACACGAUGGUAGGAAUAACAGUGUGUAUGUUACGAUGUAACGUACAGUAGAUGUUUCGUAAAGUUUCCUCCGGGAGAGACGGUAGCAUAACAAGUUCAAGCAUCCAAGACCGGAAGCAGUGCAGAGGGCAGGAUAUUAUUAUAGGCUAAGUUGUAUUUUGUUUGCUAGUUUUUUUUUAUUACUUAUGUGAAGGAUGCAUCUUCUUGUUUGGCAUAGAUUCUGGCAGAACAUGUUUUUUUUGUAAAUUGUGUACCUGUUUUAUAACUGCAUGGAUAUAGAUAUGAGUUUUGCCAUUAGUUCACAGUUGUCGUGCAGAUAUCCCCACUGACAGCUGAACGCAUCGUCUCUGAAAUUUAUUCCUCACACCAUCAUAUUCUACACAUUACAUUAAUUUUGUGAAGUAUUAUACUGAUUGUUCACUGAAUGUACCUGCCUUGAGGCGGAUAAAUAACUAUAUCUUCAUGUUCAUGUGGUGCUAUAUUUUAAUAUUGAAAUUAUACAUAUUUUAGUUUGUAA